AUGGCUCAUGUAGUGAGACCGCUAAUACAGCUGCAGCGGUGGCACCACUAUUUCUCCGCCGGCGCAGUAUUGUAUCGUAUCCUAAACCUACACUUCCCUUCACCACGUUCAUCUAACAAGCUUCCGUUCUUCGCAUUCCUUCCCUCCCUAAAUCACCAUGUGCAUUUCCGCUCACGCGCUCUUAAACAGAGUGAUUUUCCUUCGCCGUCCGGUUCCAAUGAUAGCGAUAGCGACUCCUCCGAUAUAAUAAAGAAGAGCCGUAAUGAGAAGAAGCGCGAGGCUCGCCGCGCCGUCCGCUGGGCCAUGGAACUAGCCAAUUUCUCUCCUCUUCAAAUCAAACGCAUUCUCAGAGUGGCGUCGCUUGAACAAGAGGUUUUCGAUGCUCUCAUGCUAGUAAAGAGGCUAGGUCGCGAUGUUCGAGAAGGGAAGCGAAGGCAAUUCAAUUAUAUAGGAAGAUUGCUUCGAGAUGUGGAGCCUGAAUUAAUGGAUGGUUUGAUUCAGGCCACAAAAGAUGGUGACCAGAGUAAGUUUCAGGAGUUAUGUGGUUCGGAGACUCUGGAAACCAAUGAAGAUGAUGAACAACAAGAAGAAAAAAUUGAAUCUGAGAAUGAUGAAGAGGAUUCUGAGUACAAUGUUGAUAUAGCAAUAAGAUGGUUUGAGGGUCUGGUUAACAAGGACAUAGGCAUUACCAAUGAAAUUUAUUCACUUCGAGGGGUUGAGUUUGAUCGUCAGGAACUGCGGAAACUGUUACGUAAAGUACAUUCUAUGCAAGAGCAAGAGGGUUUGGUUAGUUCAGAGGGAAAUGGUAAACCAGAUGCUAUGGUCGUAAGUGCUAGAAGAUCCCUCAAUCGUUUUAUUCGCGGCCUUGUGAAGCAGCUUCCUGUUGAAUAA